CCCGCCCAGAUCCAGUUGAGUAGUCUUCCCAACGGGUUCCAGACCUGUUCCGAGACGCGCGGUACGGGCCAGUGGCAAAGCCAUGGUUGGCGGGGAAGACCGCAGGGACGGGGAGCCGGUAUCAGUGGUGACCGUGCGGGUGCAGUACCUGGAGGACACCGAUCCUUUUGCAUGUGCCAACUUCCCGGAGCCGCGCCGGGCCCCCACCUGCAGCCUGGACGGGGCGCUGCCCCUGGGCGCACAGCUACCCGCGCUGCACCGCCUUCUAGGGGCGCCACUCAAGCUAGAGGACUGUGCCCUACAAGUGUCUCCGUCUGGAUACUACCUGGACCCUGAGCUGUCCCUGGAAGAGCAGCGGGAGAUGCUGGAAAGUUUCUAUGAAGAGAUUAGCAAAGGGCGGAAGCCUACGUUGAUCCUGCGGACCCAGCUCUCUGUGAGGGUCAAUGCCAUCUUAGAAAAAUUGUAUGGCUCCAGUGGCCCUGAACUCCGCCGCUCCCUCUUCUCAUUAAAGCAGAUCUUCCAGGAGGAUAAGGACCUGGUGCCUGAAUUCGUGCACUCUGAGGGGCUGAAUUGCCUGAUCCGUGUGGGUGCUGCUGCUGACCACAACUACCAGAGCUACAUCCUCCGAGCACUAGGCCAGCUGAUGCUUUUUGUGGAUGGGAUGCUAGGGGUGGUGGCCCACACUGAGACUGUGCAGUGGCUGUACACAUUGUGUGCCAGUCUGUCCCGUUUGGUGGUGAAGACAGCGCUGAAACUGCUGCUGGUAUUUGUGGAAUACUCUGAGAGCAAUGCACCACUGUUCAUCUAUGCAGUCAACUCUGUGGCCCGCACCACCGGUGCUCUUCCAUGGGCCAAUCUUGUGUCCAUCUUAGAGGAGAAGAAUGGUGCAGACCUUGAGUUGUUGGUGUACACAGUCACCCUCAUUAAUAAGACACUGGCAGCGCUCCCAGAUCAGGACUCCUUCUAUGAUGUGACGGAUGCACUGGAACAGCAGGGCAUGGAGGCACUGGUCCAGCGCCACUUAAGUGCUACAGGCACUGACAUCGACUUGCGAGCACAGCUUGUGCUCUAUGAGAGCGCCCUGCGGUUGGAGGAUGGAGACAUUGAGGAAGCCACUGCAGGUGGGCGGCGGGAACGUAGAAAGCCCUCUUCAGAGGAAGGCAAGAGGAGCCGCAGAUCUCUAGAAGGCGGGGGCUGCCCUGUGCGUACCACAGAGCCUGGUCCCACAGGCCCUGCCCUGCCUACAGGCCCUGCACCCAGCCCAGUGGGCCCUGCCUCUGGCCUCUGUACCUCGGUUAACCUCUUUUCCACCCUCUCCGUGGCACCCUCAGCUGACAUCUUCUGUGAGAGGAACAUCUACAAAGCCCGUUUCCUGGAGAAUGUGGCAGCAGCAGAAACAGAGAAGCAGGCUGUGCUGGCCCAGGGCCAGGCAGAGACAUUGCCUGGGGCAGUGCCUGAUGAGGCUGAUGGGCACCCAGAUACCCGGGAACUAUGGGUUUCCCCUGAAACAGUCCCUGCACCCAGAACACCCCAGAGCCCUGCCCCCCGAGUCCUGCUCCGGGCCCAGCGAAGCCUUGAGUCAGAGCUCAAGGAGACAUUGGCCCCACCAAGCCCCAAGGCUGAGCUCACCCAGGAGCUCACUACCUGUAUCCCCAAGCUCUGCAUUGGAGACCUGGACUUCUCAGAUCUGGGGGAGGAUGAAGAUCAGGACAUACUAAACAUAGAGUCUGUGGAGGCUGAGAAAGGGGUCCCACCACUCCCACUGCCCUUGCUCUCUGAAGGACCCCCACCUCCUCCACCCCCACCUCCCCCACCCAUCAAAGGCCCCUUCCCACCACCUCCACCUCCAGCUGCCCCUCUUCCCACCUCAGCGCCGGAUGGCCUAGCCCUCCCCACCAAGAGGAAGACAGUAAAACUCUUCUGGAGGGAGCUAAAGCUGGCUGGGGGCCAUGGAGACUCUGGGAGCCGCUUUGGGCCCUGCUCCACCCUGUGGGCCUCACUGGAGCCUGUCUCAAUAGACACGGCCCGGCUGGAACACCUGUUUGAGUCCCGUGCCAAGGACGUGUUACCUUCCAAGAAAGCUGGUGAGGGCCGCCGGACAAUGACCACAGUGCUGGACCCCAAGCGCAGCAACGCUAUCAACAUUGGCCUAACCACACUGCCACCUGUGCAUGUCAUUAAGGCUGCCCUGCUCAACUUUGAUGAGUUUGCUGUCAGCAAAGAUGGCAUUGAGAAACUACUGACCAUGAUGCCCACGGAGGAGGAACGGCAGAAGAUUGAGGAGGCCCAGUUGUCUAAUCCUGACAUCCCUCUAGGCCCAGCUGAGACUUUCCUGAUGACUCUUGCCUCCAUUGGGGGCCUGGCUGCCCGCCUACAACUCUGGGCCUUCAAGCUGGACUAUGACAGCAUGGAACGGGAAAUCGCAGAGCCACUGUUUGACCUGAAAGUGGGCAUGGAACAGCUGGUGCAAAAUGCCACCUUCCGCUGCAUCCUGGCCACCCUGCUGGCUGUGGGCAACUUCCUCAAUGGCUCCCAGAGCAGUGGCUUUGAGCUGAGCUACCUGGAAAAAGUGUCAGAGGUGAAGGACACAGUGCGCCGGCAGUCACUGCUGCACCAUCUCUGCUCCUUGGUGCUCCAGACGCAGCCGGAUUCCUCUGACCUCUACUCAGAAAUCCCCGCCCUGACCCGUUGUGCCAAGGUGGACUUUGAACAGCUGACUGAGAACCUGGGGCAGCUGGAGCACCGGAGCUGGGCAGCUGAGGAGAGUCUGCGGAGCCUGGCCAAGCAUGAGUUGGCCCCAGCCCUACGUGCCCGCCUCACCCACUUCCUGACCCACUGUGCCCGACGCGUUGCCAUGCUUCGAGUAGUGCACCGCCGUGUUUGCAACAGGUUCCAUGCCUUCCUGCUAUACCUGGGGUACACAGCACAGGCAGCCCGUGAAGUGCGCAUCAUGCAGUUCUGCCACACAUUGCGGGAGUUUUCGCUGGAGUACCGGACUUGCCGGGAACGGGUGCUGCAACAGCAGCAGAAGCGGGCCACAUACCGUGAGCGCAACAAGACCCGAGGACGUAUGAUCACUGAGACAGAGAAGUUCUCGGGUGUGGCUGGGGAAGCCCCCGGCAGCAACCCAUCUGUCCCAGUGGCUGUGGGUAGUGGGCCAGGCCAGGGUGAUGCAGACAAUCACGCCAGCAUGAAGAGUCUGCUGACCAGCAAGCCUGAGGACACCACACAUGGCCGCCGUAGCAGAGGCCUGGUCCAGAGCAGCUCCCUAGUGAUGCCCAUGGCAGUGGGGCCCUCCACUGCACCCCCAGAAGAACACUCCAGUUUACCCAGUGACACUUCAGAUGAAAUCAUGGACCUGUUGGUGCAGUCAGUGACCAAGAGCAAUCCUCGUGCCUUAGCUGCUCGGGAACGCAAGCGUUCCCGUGGCAACCGCAAAUCUUUGAGACGGACGUUGAAAAGCGGGCUUGGAGAAGACCUGGUGCAGGCACUGGGACUGAGCAAGGGACCCGGCCUAGAGGUGUGAAGGUGCUGCCUCCAGGAUAUCUAUCUGGGCCACAGCCUGCAUGCAAAAGAACUAUAGAGUUAGGAGGGACCAGAGCAGAAUUCUGGGCAUCUUCUCAACCCUGGGGUCACUCUAUACCCAAUGGCCAGUGCCUUGAGCAGUAUUAUCUGUGUGUGUGUGUGUGUGUGU